AUGGCCAGUCUUACGGAUUUUGUUGAUUUGUCCUCGCAGUCUCUGCUUUGGUCCGCGGCGAGUAUUACUUUCAACCCCAUUUUCUGGAAGUACGUGUUGACUUUUUCCUUGAGCCAGUACCGCAACCACUUCCUGACGCGCAUUUUCGGAGGCGCCUACAAUGGAUGCUACUUUCUUGCCUUCGCGAUUUUCUCCCUUGGGAUUCUGCGAGACCAUUUGUACCAAGUCGCCUUAGAUGAGCAACCCUUCUAUGCUCCCGUUCAUCAGCCAAUCCUUGGUGGAGCUUUGUUCGCCAUUGGCUCCGUUUUGGUUCUUUCCAGCAUGUGGGCUCUUGGAGUGACGGGGACCUACCUGGGUGACUACUUUGGGAUCCUUAUGGAUGCUCCGGUCACCGGCUUCCCCUUCAAUGUGACCGGCUCGCCGAUGUACUGGGGAAGCACGCUGAACUUCCUGGGUGUUGCCUUGUACAAGGGCAAGGUCGCCGGUCUUCUCUUGACUGCCCAGGUCUUCGUCCUGUAUUGGUUCGCUCUCAAGUGGGAAGACCCAUUCACUUCCGAGAUCUACGCCAAGCGCGAGCGUGAGCGUUCUAAGAAGCAGGGCAGCAAGAAGCAGUAA